AAAUAAUCUGCUUUCGACGACGUUCUGUGAGGAGAGAAGAAGAAAAAACAUGGGAGACGAUAUCGACAGCAGAAAAAGUAAACUGGAGAGAGUAGAUUUCCUCAGUGAUCAUGUUACGGCUUUCAAAGAAGCAAUUUACACUGACUUUAUCCUAAAGCCUGGUGAUAAUGGACCAGGAAUCCCCACGCACAAAGCUGUUCUGGCAGUGAAAUCAAAAGUGUUUAGAAACAUGUUGGACUCUGAUGAAUGCAAAGGUUCACCGGAGAAAUCAAUGACAAUCCCUGAUCUGAGCUAUACGAAGAGCUCCGGCGUCUCCUUGAGUUCCUCUACAGCGGAACCUUGAGUCGUGACAAAAAACACAUUCUUGCCCUAUAUCUCGCUGCUGACAAGUAUGACAUUCAAUACCUCCAAGAUGCUUGCAGACAAGAAUUAAUCUCGUCUCUGCGCCCUGACAACUUUCUCGGCAUCCUCCAACUUUCAACUAACCAUUCCGACGCAAUCCUCAAGGAAGGUGCGAUAUCUUUUGCCACAAACUACUUACCCGUUAUUUUUUCCACUAGUUUUGAAUCUUUUGCACGUAAUAACCCUAGUCUAAGCUUGGAGGUCACACGAGCCUGUAUUCGAAAGUUGUAUUUGAGCUACCACAGUUCACGGCAAAAAUAAAGCCAAUUUUAGGUUGGUCCAUCGGUUUACUUCAACUCGUCUGAUUAGCACAAGAAGAUUAAUAUACGUGCCGUUUUUACCUUAUAUUUUCUCAAGUUGUGACAUUUUCAAAAACCUAAUUAUUAUAUUUUGAAUCAUAUUUGAU